UCGAGAACUCCGUUAUAAAAACUCCACUUCCAGCGAACUGAUCGCUGUUAUUUGGAAGAGCUCUCUGCUGCAGACGCACACACACUGGCAAGCAAACACACAGAGACAACGAUCGCGCAUCGCCCGCUUCAUUCGCUAACUGAUCGUCUUGCCGUACACUUCGAUUGUCAGCUGUUUGGCAUUUCUAUAUAGUAUAUAGUAUAUCAACGUCUCUGUGUGUGUCUGCGUCUGUGCUUUGUGUUCGCAUUGAAUAACUAACUUUUAAUGGCGAUUGUUCGUGUUUGUUAAAAAACCAGAAACUAAUCUAGCGCCCAACAAUUAUCGAUCCCUAUCCGUUGUGUGUGAGUGAGUGCAUUGCAAAUAAAACAACAACAGCAACAAAAACAACAGUAAAAGAUCAGUCUAAAGAACAUCUAGCCAAAAUGACAAAAAAUAAAAAUCAAAAAAAGAAGGCGUUCGCUGCACAAAACAACAACAACAACAGCGGUGACAAUGGUACCGCCACCCCGCCGGACAAGUCGACGCCGCCAGCCAAUGGCGGUAUCAAGCCACCUGGCACCUACGCCAAUGGAAUGCUGCGCAAUCCGCCGGUUCCGUGGGAGCGCGAGUUUGUGGGUUCGUUUCUGCUGGAGAUGGCCAGGCGCCAGGUGGUCAGCGCCCAACAGGAGUGGUACGUGGACAAGGCCGAGAUGCGAAAGAUGUUUGAGGAGCACUUGAGAGCCCAGCCCAACUGCAGUGAGAUCCGCCAGAAGCUCUCCAUUCAGGGAGCUUCGAAUAUUGGUUCUCUGCUGCACAGGACGAACUUUCUAAUAAACACGCCGCGGGGAAAUCCCAACUAUCGCAUCAAAGACUUCUCCUUAAUGGAAUUUCGGAAAGAAAAGGUUUAUUUUCUGGACGAACAGCACCGACAGCGGGAUGCCGCCUCCACGACCAAUGCGCCCGGAGGAGCUCCUGUUGAGGGUAAUACUCUGCUAGCCGAAGAAUACAAACUGGAUACGAAUGCAACGGCUACGCUGCUAAAAUAUCAAAAGACGCUGUUGCUGAAGCCGCAGAAGGAUUUCGAGCUCAACUCCCUGGGAUGCUAUAUCUGCCAGGAGAACUUCGAGACAAUUGAGAAGUAUGAGGAGCAUGUGGAGUACCAUGGCGACGAUUCUGAUUUUCAGUCCCUCAAAAAGAUGGUGAAAUAUCCUUCGUCCAUGGUGUCCCUCUCUUAUCAAAACUGUGUGGACAGCCACUACUUUGGAUUCACCCUAAAGACCUUCCGCAGUGAUCUGGUUGUGGAGAAGUUCAUCAUAGUGCAGUUGCGCCAGUUUUACUACGUGUAUGGUGCACAAAUGCCUCUGCAUGUGCCUGAAAGCGGGGAACUUGUAUUCUUCGUGGACUCCCACGUCUUUAUGAUCCUUCGGGAGCAGCCCAUCAUUAUCGCGUUCAUCAUCCAGGGGACGAGAUAUGUGGAGCAGCAUCACUUCAUGCGCACAGAGGCACUGCCCAAGGCUAGCUUCAACAUCAAUCCAUAUCGACUGUGUAACAAGGAGAUCUUUAAGAGCAAGGGUCUUCCACCAGCCACUCCACCCACUCAGGUUUUGAGCGCUCUGAAGCACGAGGAUGCCCAGCUGCGUUUGGCCGAGUUAGAUAAGCACUAUCAGGACUACUGCGAACGGGGUAGGGAGAUUACCCAGGAAAAUCUUACCGGCACACUGCGCACAUUGCUCCAGGUGGAGGACAUGGAACGGUUGCAGCGUUAUCUCUCGCUCAAGCAAUCGAAAGUGGAGCUGCACCAGUUCGGGCGGGAGCUUUCGGUUAAGAUGCGACUGGGUACCGCUACUAUGAGCGUAGAGGACAUUCUCUCCCCUGGCGACGAUGUGCUAAUCAUAAACGAAAAAGGUAACCCGAAAUCAGGUGUACGCCAGAUGUUGGAAAACAACAAUAAAGUGCUCGAAUUGGCACUCAAGGAUUUUGACUCCAUCUUGCAGUGGGCUCGCAAUGUUGACGAGCAGUUCGGAUCGCUAAACAAGCAGCUACGAGUCUACUUUGCCCGCAUCCUUGGUGUUUCAACGCAGCGGGUGAACAUCACUUGUGAACGCCAGCUACCGGACAACACCACCUACACCCUGAUAUUUCGUCCAUUGCGGGCAAUAAUGCGUUAUCAGUAUCGAGCCCUCCAGCAGCUGACCCUUACCAGGCACAGUGACGUUCAGCGGAUCCUGUUUCCCAGUGAAAUUCCACCAAUGCCGAAGGCCAGUGGAGUACUUCAGCUAAACAACAAAGGCAUAUCGAGCAAUCCGGAGCAGAUGCAAGCGAUUCGACAGAUUGCGCUAAGCCAAAGGCUUCCAGCUCCCUACAUCGUGUUUGGACCACCGGGAACGGGCAAAACAGAGACCAUCGUCGAGGCCAUUUACCAAUUGUAUGUAAAUCGACCCGAAACGCACAUCCUAGUGAUGGCUGGUUCAAAUACGGCCUGUGACGAGGUGGCACUUCGACUUUUACGGGCUAUCGCCAAAGCACCAGACAGUCACCCACGACCGCUGGCCCGUAUCUUUGCUGCCAGCUGCGAUCGGCGCAUCGACAAUAUUGACGAUUUGCUUCUAGAGUAUUCCAACAUGUAUGGUCUGCACUUUUAUCCGGCCGUGCAAGCGGUGCACCAGUAUCGAAUCGUGAUUUGCACACUCAGUUUGGCUGGAAGGCUGUCUACCGGAGGCUUCGCCACGGGCAAUGUGUAUUCGCAUGUUUUUGUGGACGAGGCAGCCGCUUCCACGGAGGCGGAGGUUUUAAUGGGCAUCACCUGCACACUAUCGCCGACGUCGAAUUUGAUCCUGUCCGGGGACCACAAGCAGCUGGGACCGGUGCUCCAAUCGCAGAGGGCGAACGAAUGGGGUCUUGGACUGACCCUUUUCGAGCGACUGCUGCAGAGAAAGUGUUACCAAGUGGACCAGGACGGCAGCUAUAACGCGGCUGUGCAGACGCGUCUCAUUCGCAACUUUCGUUCACAUCCGGAGAUUGUAUCGCUGUACAACAAUCUGUACUACGAUGGAAAACUUCAGGCUCAUGCCCCCUUGGAAACGGUUUGCCGCUACCAAAACUGGUUUCAGCUGCCCAAUGCGAACUUUCCUAUCAUGUUUCAUUCCGUUUUUGGCACAACGACGAACGCGAAGAGCUCUCUUAGCCUGUGCAAUAGUAAAGAGAUCGACGUUGUCAUGGAUUACGUGAAGGAUCUCAUGUAUUUCGGCAUCAAUGGUGAGAAGUUAUUGCAGACGGAUAUCGGUAUCAUAUCGCCCUACAAGAACCAGUACCAUCGCAUUCAGGAACAGCUUAAUAUGCGGAACUGGUCGCAAAUAGAUUGCGGAUCCGUUGAGCUAUUCCAGGGCAAGGAGAAGCAUGUGGUCAUCGUGUCCUUUGUGCGCUCUUUUACACCCAAACUUGGAUUCUUGAACAAUGAACGGCGUUUGAACGUUCUGCUUUCGCGUCCGAUAUCUCUGCUUAUUCUCAUCGGAAAUCCACGGACGCUAAGCCAAAACAAGGACUUUUGCCAUAUUAUCGAUAUGUGUCGUGAACGGAAUACCUUGGUUGGGGUGCCAUACCUUAACGAAAAUUUUGAUCCGACUAAAAAGAACGGAGGAGCAGCUGUGGAUCAUCCUACAUCAGGGCUAGGGCAACCCCUCAAGCGAAAUUGCCGUGGUAAGAAUCCAGCUCAGGCCGUAAAGCUGUCAUAUUCCAAAAAUGAGCUGCUCAAGUUGGGGAUGGAGUGUAAGUCGAAAAAAUCUGAACUGGAAACAUUGUUUGACGAGUUGCCGAAGGUUCCAAGCUCUGACGACCUCAAUGUGGACGCAGUUCGUUCGCUAGAGGACCAACUUAAAGAUAUUAAAUUGGAAAACAAAUGUACGGAUGCAGGACCAUCGAUCCCAGUUAUUCCUGCUCCACGAUCAGCUGCACCAUCAGUAAGACCAAGACCGAGUCCUUCUGCUUCACCGGGACUAGCAAUACCAAAACUCCCGGUUCCCAAGUCAUUAGAUCCCCUUUCCAAACGCGAGGAGCGCCAUAUUAACGGAGUGCCUUGUGGCAUUGAAGCGCUGCAUUCGGUGGCUCAGACAACCAGGCCUUCGGCUUACAACCACAUUCCCAGUGACCAUCUUCGGUUCGAGAACUUGCGUCGCACGUCCGAAGAGAUUCGUCGUCAGACGGCUUUCAAUGAGCAACGCCGUGCUCCGCCAUUACGCCAGCCCCAUGGAAACUGGCACGAAUUCGAUUGGACACCACUACAGAGCGAUCGAGCGCCCCCACAAAAGAAGAAAUCCGACUGUAUCAUUUCAUAAUUGUAGCUUCUUUCGGAGCACAUCACAAUCUAUAGGGACGGUGCGGUUGCUUCACCUAAAAAGCGAUCUCGCUGUCCUCUUUUUGACUUUGCUAUUGGCAUUUGUGCGAUCUGCGAUCAUCCAUGCGCCAAGUAGCAAAAAAAAUACCUACCAAAUAGACUCGCACCUGAUGUGCGUCCAUCCGAAGAAUAGGGCCAAAAGAAUGGUUCACCUCAGCCACUGAGGUAGCCUCAAGCUUUUGACCUCCAUUCUUCGCUGGGUCGCAUCCUUUGCGAGUGUAAUUGAUUCGAGCAUAUACAUGGAGCGCUCAAAGUGAACACUUUUUGGUUGCAAAAGCCAAAAGCUUUCGAGUUAUACUACGGAUCGUAAUCCGCAAUAUAAGCCGUAAGCCUUGUAUCCACUUCUGACUCCAGGUUUGUCUUUGAGUGUUAUAAUCAAAUAAUAAUUUACUGAUUAGGGGGACCAGGAUAAAUCCAUCCAUAUUUGCCCCACAAAAAUAAACAUGUAAUCCGCACAGGAUAAUUUCUUUUGUAACCAUUCCAUAUUUAAGUAAAAACAUGUGGACUCCUUUGUUAUGAGGUAUAUUUCCGUGAACAUCCAGAAUCCAUAUGUAAUAUAUGCCCGUCUUUAAAUAAUAAAUUCUGAA